AUGCAUCCUGAUGAGGUUAUGUAUUUGUCUCUGCUGGUCUUUGAUGACAGAGAUUAUGCUUAUCAGACUCUGAAGGAGUAUAACAGGAAUCAACUGCUAGAAUGUAUAUGGGUCGCUCAUGUUCUAGUAGAUCAGGGCACAGAAUUCUCUGAGGUGCAACCUUUGAUUCAGGUUUGUGCAGAGUUGGCUUCAUCUGGUACCCCUGAAAGCAGGAAUGACUUUUUGCCGCCAUUUAGUGCAGACCAGGUAGAGUCCCUGGUAUGGUUAUUAGAGGAUGAUGUGGAGUGCUUCUUGGAGCAUUAUUCUGCAUGUUCACAACAGGUACUAAGGGAUUGUAUAAACGCAGUGCAGUCUUUGACCAGACAGGCUUUGUGUAAGCGGAGCUUUGUUCAACCCGUACUGCAGAUAUGGUAAGAGUUGUUACACCCAACCUCAGUCAGCUUGCAACAAACCAGUCCUUCUUCUAAUCAUUUCUCUGCUCAAAGCUCUCUUCCUGCAUUCCCGACAGUACCCCCAGUGACAGCCCAGUAUACCCUACUACCUACC